AUGAGUUCCAACGAAGCAACUAUCACUUUACCAAAUAAUAAGACCAUUAAAACUCCCACCGGUUUAUUUAUUAAUAACGAAUUUGUCGACUCGGUUGAUGGGAAACGUUUUAAAACCAUUAAUCCCGCUACCGAAAAAGAAAUUACCACGGUAGCUGAAGCAUCGGAAAAAGAUGUAGAUUUAGCAGUAGAUGCUGCCGAAAAAGCCUUUAAUGAUGUUUGGCGAAAUGUUACUGGAGCUCAAAGAUGUAAAUUGCUUAAUAAAUUAGCAGAUUUGAUGGAACGUGAUUUGGAUGAAUUGGCUGCUUUAGAAUCUUUGGAUAAUGGUAAAACUUACAAAGAAGCUAAAGAAGAUGACGUUCCAGAUUCAAUUGAUGUUUAUAGAUAUUAUGCUGGGUGGUGUGAUAAGAUUCAUGGAAAGACUUUUGAAUCGCAAAAAAAAUUCAGUUACACUCGACAUGAACCUAUUGGUGUGUGUGCUGCAAUCAUUCCAUGGAAUUUUCCUCUAGUGAUGCAAGCCUGGAAAAUGGGUAACACAAUUGUGCUUAAAUCUUCUGAAUAUACUCCCUUGACUGCAUUAAAAGUUGCUGCUUUGAUUAAAGAAGCCGGAUUUCCGAAAGGUGUUGUCAAUAUUUUGAGUGGAUAUGGUAAACCUACUGGAAGUGCUAUGGGUUCUACUGUGACAGGAAAAUAUAUCUUAAAAGCAUCAUCUGAAAGUAAUUUGAAAAAAGUAACUUUGGAAUUAGGAGGAAAAUCUCCCAAUAUCAUAUUCGCCGAUGCCGAUCUUGAAGAAGCAAUUAAAUGGGCCCACACGGGAAUUUUCUAUAAUCAUGGUCAAUGUUGUACGGCUGGUUCAAGAGUUUAUGUCGAAAAUUCUGUGUAUAAUGAAUUUCUCAAUAAAUUUAAAGAAUAUACGAAAAAUAUGAAAAUUGGCGAUCCAUUCGAAAGUGAUACUGAUCAAGGACCAGUUGUUUCUAAGCAACAAUUUGAUAGGGUUAUGGGUUACAUCGAAACUGGAAAAAAGGAAGGUGCUACUUGUUUGAUGGGAGGUGAUAGACAUGGAAAAGAGGGAUAUUUCAUUAAACCAACCAUUUUUACUGAUGUGAAAGAAGAAAUGACCAUAAUGCAAGAAGAAAUUUUUGGUCCCGUGGUGGCAAUUUCAAAGUUUAAUACGAUUGAAGAAGUUAUUGAAAAAGCUCAUAUGACCACCUUUGGUUUGGCUGCUGCCGUAUUCACAAAAGAUAUUUCACGUGCUAUCAAGAUUUCUAACGAGUUGAAAGCUGGAACUUAUGCGUUAAAAGAAUAUACUCAAGUAAAGACUGUUCAAGUUAAUUUGGAGAUGACUGUGUAA